AUGGCUGCCAACUACUGGGAAUCGACCCAGCGCAAACACUGGCAGUUCACGAGACAGCAGCUGGAAGAUUUCCGUACCAAGCUGGAAGAUGAGGACCGUAACCUCGUUCAGAUGUACCCUCUUCCACAACUGCGGCAUCUCAGUAUCUAUUUCAACCAGCAGAUUUCUAGGCUCGGAAAGCGUCUGGGUGUACGACAACAAGCCAUGGCCACGGCCCAGCUAUAUAUCCGUCGGUUCUAUUCAAAGGUCGAGAUCAGGCGGACCAAUCCAUACUUGGUGAUUGCAACAGCAGUAUACUUGGCUUGUAAGAUGGAAGAAUGCCCGCAUCAUAUCAGGUUGGUCGUCAGUGAAGGGCGGACAUUGUGGCCAGACUUCUUCAGCAGCGAUACCUCGAAGCUUGGAGAAUGCGAAUUCUUCUUGAUAUCAGAGAUGAGCUCUCAAAUGAUUGUCCACCAACCAUAUCGAAGUUUAACUUCCUUACAAGCUACGUUCUCUCUUACUCAAGAGGAAUAUGCUCUUGCUUGGUCGAUCAUAAACGACCACUACAUGACAGACUUGCCGCUCCUCUUUGCUCCCCAUAUCAUUGCUAUCAUGGCCAUCCUCCUGGCGCUAGUUCUGCGUCCAAACACUACUGGCAUUCAGUCCGCUAGUACCUCUGCUAAUAGUAUUGCGAGUGCUGCCCAAAGUGCUUUGAGUUCAGCUGGCCAAGCAAAGGCUGGCAGUGCAGAAAACAAAGCCGGGGGGCCGCGAACAAAGGUGCAAAAACUUGUAAAUUGGCUCGCAGAAAGCAAUAUUGAUAUCGAGGCCAUUGUUGAUUGUACUCAGGAGAUCAUCUCUUUCUAUGAGGUCCAGGAACAGUACAACGAGAAGCUUACUCGGGAGCAGAUCAACCGGUUUGUGAAAGCACGUGGGUUGGACAAAUAA